AUGGCAAGGAUGAGGAAGGGGGAAGUGGAUAAAAUGUAUUUUUAAAAUAAUUUUUUAAUUGAAAAAAAUAAAGAAAAUACAUACAACAUAUAAACAAAAUUAUAAAUAAAUUCUUAAGGAAAUAAAGAAAAGUUUACAUCAUAUUGUUAUUAUUAUUUUUAUUAUAAAUGCAUUAAAUAUAAUCAAAAUUGCUAGAAUUAAAAUUUAUUUGAAAUUGAUAACAAUUAUUAUUGCUAUUUAAUCAGUGUUAGAUUUUUAUAGCUUAUUUAUUAUUAGAAUAAAUAGAUUUCAAUUUUAUAUUUUUUUAUUGUAAAAAAGGCUAGAAAGAAAUGUUGCUAUUCGUAUAGUUCAAUUUUACUUUUUUUUUAUAAAUAUUGUAAUUUUUUGUACUUUAAGUUUUUGUUUUUGUUUUUGUCUUAGUUCUUUUCUCUCUUUAAAUUAUAUAUAUAUUACUUCUAAAUAACUAUGUAUCUUCAAAUCCACUUUUUAAUUCAUAUGAUCUAUUUUAUCUUGAUUGCAAGUAAAAAAGAACUUAAUUAAUUAAUUUAUUUACUUACUUAUUUAUUUAUUGUAUCAUAGAUUUAUUUUUUCUUCAAAAUACAUCAAUGA